UUUCAGUUUCAGUUUUGCCUAAAGCGUACGCGCGUAAAGACGUUGUGAAAAAGAAAAGCUCCUCAAACGAUCAUAAGUGAAGAAUUGACAUUCGUUGAUAAAAGCGCAAAAGCGAAAAACAAAUAAACAUUUUUGAAAAUUCGUUUGUGUACUUCCAGCUAAAAAAGAACUCCUGUACCCUCUCAGCACCCUAACGCAUUUAUAAAAAAAAAAACCGGAAACAUGUCUCACUCAGUGACAAUCACCAGAACGACCACCAGCACGACAAAUACAUCCUAUAUUGUACUUAAUACUGGAUACUUGAAGUCAUUUUCGGGUCUAUUAAAAUUAUUCGAAUUGCUGAUCGGCAUUGCCACAGUCGGUAUUUUCGGCUAUUACUGGAACGGAAGUGCCACUUCGGCUGAAAUCUUCUUCUUCCUCAUGGUCACGACAUUCCUGAUAGGAACAUUUUGCCUUCUUCUAUCCUGUUUAACAUCGCUCAGUACGGGCGGCAUUAUAUCGAAGACCAUUUAUGAACUGAUCUAUCACAGCGUAGCGGCCAUUUUGCUGCUAGCCGCUUCGUUGAAUCUCGUCAUUCAGUUGAACGACAGACGCUUCCGAUACGGCAAGCAAUACGAUGCAUACAUGGCGGCCGGUAUUAUGGGACUUGUGAACACGGUGCUCUACUUCAUUAGCGCAUUCUUGGCUCACCGAUCAUAUCGUGGCAUCUAAAGUUGGCCAACUGAAACCACCGAAUUUGUAACGUUUAAUUUCACUUCGUGUGUGGAGCGUUUCCGAGCGUGUUCAUUGCUGGAAUUCUUCGUCUUUUUUUACUACGAUUAAUUAAGUUAUAAUAAAUAUAAGAUUUAUUUAAAUAUUUAGGAAGCACAGAGCGGAAUCUACAUACAUACAUACAUACUUAUUUCAAAUUGUGUGAGCAUUUUUCAGUCAUAGUUGGCAAAAGUCCGAAAAUGCAGAAACAGAAAGAAUUAAAUACAAAAGCAAACCAAAAAUACUUACUAAAAAAUGAUAUAAGUACUUUCAACAUUUUUUAUAAAUACUCGUCUAUUGUAUACAUGUUUUGCUAUGUACAUAUAUACAUAUGUAUGUUUAUGUAAAAUUUUAACAAAAAUAAAUAUUUCGUGUAGAAUGUA